AUGGCGUCCGACAGCUCCGAGGAAGACGAGCCCAUCGCCGCGGCGCUUCCAGCGACGUCGUCAAGCGACCGAAAAACGUGGAUGGACGAAGACGCCGACGAGGAAGAGGAAGACGCGGACUUGAGCCAACUGCAGCGUCAGCACUCGCCCAAGUUCAAGCGCUGUUCGGCUGCCGUGGCCCAGAACAAGUGGGACACGGACGCGUGGGUCGCCCUCAUGGAGGAGGUGCAGCUGCUGCCGAUUGCAGAAGCACGUGAGCACUACGAGGCGUUCCUGGCGCAGUUUGCUACGGCGGGACGGUGGUGGAAGCUCUACGCAGCACACGAGCUACGGGAAAAGCAGUAUAGCCGCGUGCAGGAGAUCAUCAAGAAAUCACUCAUGCAGCUGCGCUGUCCCCACGUGGACCUCUGGCGGUUCUAUUUGGACUUCACUAAGGUCGCCAAGCUGGAUGUAGCUGUGGAUUCAAAGGACCCGUCGGCUAUUGCAACAGCCAGGGAGUUGAUGGGGGAUGCUUUUGAGCUGGCAAUCGAACGAGUAGGAGGCUCCAUUGACGCUGCACCCAUUUGGCAGAUGUACUUAGCUUUUGUCCAGGAAGAACAGGAUCCACAAGCUUUUUUGAACGUGAGAAAGCUGUACCAUCGUAUGGUCAUGGUUCCGCUUACUGGGAUGGAGACGAUCUGGAGAGAUUACGAAAAGUUUGAACGCUCGAUCCCGAACAACGAAGCUCUGGCACAAAACUUCUUCAAGGUGUUUCGACCCAAGUUCGAUGCAUCGAGAGCAGUGCUGAGAGACCGUACAAAGCUGUACGAUCAGGUCAAUACCAAUGCGUUAGCGGUGCCCGCAACGAGCUCUCGAGCUGAUGCGGUUGAUAUGGCGAACUGGCAAAGCAUUCUUGCGCUGGAAAUGAGCAAUCCGGAAAGACUGGACGCGUUGCGUCUUAAGUCACGCAUGCGCUACACGUUGGAGCUCUUCGUAAGCGUGAAACGGCAUUACCCAGAGGCUUGGUAUCAGUACGCUUCGUACGAGAACCAAGUGAACGAUCCGGACGCAGCUACCAGCGUGUUUGAGCGCGCGAUUGCGGCUAUUCCAGACUCGAGCUAUCUGCACUUUGCGUUUGCUGACCACUAUGAAAUACGUGGAGACAUUGCCGCUGCCAAAGCCAUAUAUGAAAAGCUGAUCAAGGACCACGUCUCCGCGCUGGCAUAUGUCACGUAUCAGCGCUUUGCUCGACGUGCGUACGGCGCGAAGGGGCUAAGCGAGGCCCGCGCAAUCUUCAAGAGGGCACGCAAAGACGAGCGGGAAGGUGCUUGCACAUAUCACGUUUUUGCGGCGUCGGCCUUGCUGGAGUUUUACAGCGAUAAUUCUGAAAGCGGAAAAGACAUUGCGCUCAAGAUUUUUGAGCUUGGCUUGAAGAAAUGUAUACAAGAGCCUGCCUACGUACUCCGCUAUCUGGAAUUUCUUGGCCAUUUGAAUGACGACAACAAUAUGCGGUCUUUAUUCGAGAAAGUGCUGUCAGUCAUGCCUCCGGAGAAAUCACGCCCGAUAUGGGACCGAUAUGUGGAGUUUGAGCACACGAUGGUGGCGAGUGGCGGCGAUCUUACUACUGUGGCAAAAGUAGAGGCUCGUCGUGCACUGGCGUUUCCGAAUGAACCUUUCGUGGAAAUGAAAGGCUUACUGAGUAUCGCUCACCGGUACUCCUUCUUGAACAUGCGGCCACCGACGAGUUGCGACCAAAGUUUCCUCGACAUGUAUCGCGCCUCUUCACGUGGCGGUCCGUCUGGGUCCUGUCGUGAUGAGGGUGGUGACGAUGAAGACGGAAUGGGAAGUGCUGGUGCGGGUGGUGGCUUCAUUUUUGACAUGGACAGGCAAAUACCGGGCCCUCCGCUGCCCGAUUUCUUGAAAGAGUUUGCUGGCAUGCUACCGCUAAACCUGCCUUGGAAUGGGCCGAUUGCUGACGUGGAGCAUAUCUUUCGAGCAAUGCUACUUGUUGAUUUCCCUCCGCGCUCGCGCAUCGAGCAAAUGGCGCAGCAGCAGCAACAGCAAAUGCAGCAACAAAUAGCGGCGCAGCACCAACAGCAGCUUCAGCAGCAAGCUGCCGAAGCCGAAAAGAAUAGCGGGCUCGGCGACGAUGACGGUGGCUCAGGAGUGGUUAGUAAGCGACCAGCACACGACAUCUUCCGCUCGCGUCAACAGCAAAAAUUAUCAAAGCUUGGGUAG